UUGUACCGUUUUACUGACAACAUCUAUCGCAGAUGCAUAGCAAUGGUGCCCCGGUAUAAAUAUUACUUUAGUUUGAUAGUUAUCGUGCUCUUACUUAUAUCAACAGUCAAUGGAUCGACGAUCAAAGAUGCUCUGGAGGAGCACUUAAAGGAUAUAGCACGCGAUGAAGGAGUGGAGUCCAUUAAACAUGACAAGCAGAAAGGUGAAAAAAUACAUCAAGAAGAAAGCCAGCUGAAUGACAACCACAAGAACCAAUAUUCAAAAGCCAAUGACGAAGCAAAAUAUCUGAAGAAGGAACAUGAUACCAAAUCGGCUUCUGAGAGUGAUGCUUAUAAAGGCUACAACAGUAAACACGACAAAGCGGAGGACAGUCAAGCUACGGGCUACAAGAGAGGCCACAAGAAAGGACAUCACAAGCAAGGAUUCCAAAAUUCUUAUCAUAAAGACGAGUCAUCCAAUAAAAGUACGUUUUUUGACGACUUUAAUGAUGAAGGCGAUCAAGCCGCGUAUAACAGCAGAUUGAACAAACACGACAAUCAAGGUGGAAGAAGUUAUCAUGGAUCCCACAACAACGGCCAGGAAUAUGUUCGAGACAAUUAUAACGGUGGGGGUUACAACAGAUACGGCGACUCUGGAGUAAAGCAGCAUGGUCAUCAAGACUACGGCAAAAAAUACUACUUAGACGACCAGCUGAAUCACAAUAAAUAUCGCAAUACCCACAACAAUCACGCUAGAGAUCACAUUAGGGAUCGGCAUGAGUAUCAAGCUCCUGAAGUUCAUCACCAUCACGAUCCUGGAUGGGACUGGCAAAAGUGGGAAGAUAAAAGAGGCUGGGAACGCCCCGGAUGGCAACGUGAUCAAGGAUGGGAAAGGGAUCCAGGAUGGGAAAGAGAUCCCGGCUGGCAGAGAGAUCCCGGUUGGCAGAGAGACCCUGGUUGGCAGCGGGAUCCUGGUUGGCAGAGAGAUCCCGGCUGGGAAAGAGAUUACGGCGGACCUGGAUAUUAUGAUGAUAGAGGCAUUCGCCAUGAGGGUGGAUACGGUUAUGGUCCCAAUCAUGGUUACGGCUAUGGCUACGACGAAUCUCGAGCAAACCCUGUAGCUGAAAUCCCGAAGAACGCACCUGUAGUUGCGCAUAGAAAGCAAACUAUUACUAUCUAUGAGGACCCGAGAUACGAUGGUAAGGAUAAGGGUCAAUUGAGAAAGGAGGAGGGGGAUUACCUUCAACUGGAUUUCAAGCCGAGCAGUCAUCGAUACGCUAGUUACGACGAUACCUAUUAUAAUGUUCCAGUAACCCGUGAGGGCGCGAUGGAAGCCAGCAAAAUUAAUAGAUUAGUUUACAAUUAUCGAAGACAAUAAACGUGAGGGAAAUAUUUGUGAACCAUUGCUUUCUACAGAUACUCAUAAAAUAAUUUGUAUUAUUUUCAGCUUCUGUUUAAGUAGUUUAUUUUUCAGUAAUGUUGUGUUCCUGAAAUAGAUAAUUGUAAUUGUAGCUAGCUAUAAGGUUGGAGUGCCCUAAAUUAAUUCAAAGUCAGCAAUUCAAUGAAUUCUUACGUUUAAAACGAGAACAACUUGUGGUCUUGGGACCUUGGGAAAAAGGUGGUGGGUAAAUUAUUCAUAAAGAUUUUAUUUAUUCCGAGUUUAAGUAUGCAAGUAGGAAUAACAUUUUCCAUAAACGUGUAAAAAGUGAAAAUGUAUUUACUACCUACGGAAAAAUAUACAUU